CGGCCCGUCCCGCCUCGGCGCCUGCUGCCUACGGGCUGACGUGUCUGCGGUUCCCCGGCGUCCCGGCAAGCAGGGCCGCCAUGGCGGACGCCUGGGAGGAGAUCAGGCGGCUGGCGGCCGACUUCCAGCGGGCGCAGUUCGCCGAGGCCACGCAGAGGUUGUCAGAGCGGAACUGCAUUGAGAUUGUGAAUAAAUUGAUUGCUCAGAAACAGCUAGAAGUAGUUCACACACUUGAUGGGAAGGAAUAUAUUACCCCGGCCCAAAUUAGUAAAGAAAUGAGAGAUGAGCUACAUGUCCGAGGUGGUCGAGUAAACAUUGUUGAUCUGCAACAGGCAAUUAAUGUGGAUCUGACUCAUAUUGAAAAUAGAAUUGGGGACAUUGUUAAAUCAGAAAAGCAUGUUCAGCUAGUGUUGGGACAACUGAUAGAUGAGAGCUAUUUGGAUCGGUUAGCAGAAGAGGUAAAUGAUAAAUUGCAAGAAAGUGGUCAGGUAACCAUAUCAGAACUGUGUAAAGCUUAUGAUCUUCCUGGAAACUUUCUGACGCAGGCACUAACUCAGCGGCUAGGUAGAAUUAUUAAUGGACACAUUGAUCUUGAUAACAGAGGAGUAAUAUUUACUGAAGCUUUUGUAGCUCGACAUAAAGCACGCAUCCGUGGACUGUUUAGUGCUAUUACCCGGCCUACAGCAGUGAAUUCUUUGAUUUCAAAAUAUGGAUUUCAGGAGCAGCUUCUUUACUCUCUGCUUGAGGAACUUGUUAAUAGUGGGCGCGUACGAGGCACUGUGGUCGGUGGCAGACAGGACAAGGCAGUGUUUGUCCCUGACAUUUACUCCAAAACACAGAGUUCAUGGGUGGAUUCCUUUUUCAGGCAGAAUGGCUAUUUAGAAUUUGAUGCUUUGUCCAGACUUGGAAUCCCAGAUGCUGUGAGCUAUAUAAAGAAAAGAUACAAGGCUCCCCCACUCUUGUUCCUGAAGGCAGCUUGUGUUGGUCAGGGACUUGUGGAUCGGGUGGAAGCAUCAGUAGAGGAAGCCUUCAGCUCCGGGACGUGGGUUGACAUUGCACCUCUGCUGCCCAGUUCUUUAUCCGUGGAAGAUGCUGCAAUGCUGCUCCAACAGGUGAUGAGAGCAUUCAGCAAGCAGGCUUCAGCUGUGGUCUUCAGUGACACUGCUGUAGUCAGUGAAAAGUUUAUAAAUGACUGCACAGAACUGUUCAGUGAACUGAUGCACCAAAAAGCUGGAAAGGAAAUGAAAAAUAAUCUUGUUCACUUAAUCACUGAAGAAGAUCUGAAACAAGUCUCCGUUUUAGAAGGUGUUAAUACAAGUAAAAAGGAUAAAAAAGAUGAGCGAAGGAGGAAAGCAACAGAGGGCAGUGGAAGUGUGAGAGGAGGAGGCGGUGGCAACGCCAGGGAGUACAAAAUCAAAAAAACCAAGAAGAAAGGAAGAAAAGACGAUGAUAGUGAUGAGGAGUCGCCUCUCACUGUAAAGAAGAAGCCAGAGAUCACUUUUAUGUUCCAGGAUGAGAUUGAAGAUUUUUUAAGAAAACAUGUGCAAGAUGCUCCUGAGGAGUUUAUUUCUGAACUUGCUGAGUACUUAAUAAAACCUCUUAAUAAAACUUACCUUGAGGUGGUUCGUUCCGUAUUCAUGUCUUCAACUCCUUCUGCCUCUGGAACCGGCAGAAAGCGCACAAUCAAGGACUUGCAAGAAGAGGUUUCAAACCUAUACAAUAAUAUUCGGUUAUUUGAAAAAGGGAUAAAGUUCUUUACAGAUGAUACACAGGUCACUCUUACCAAACACUUGCUGAAGACAGUGUGUACCGAUAUCACCAACCUCAUUUUCAACUUCUUAGCUUCAGACUUAAUGAUGUCAGUUGAUGAUCCUGCAACCAUUACAAGUGAAGUAAGAAAAAAAAUUUUAAGUAAAUUACCAGAAGAAACUAAAGUAGCCCUCACAAAACUUCAUAGCUCUCUGAAUGAAAAGAGUGUAGAAGACUUCCUUUCUUGUCUGGAUUCUGCAGCAGAAGCUUGUGAUAUUAUGGUGAAAAGAGGAGAUAAGAAAAGGGAGAGGCAGAUACUGUUCCAGCAUCGACAGGCACUGGCUGAGCAGCUCAAAGUCACAGAAGACCCUGCUCUUACCCUGCACCUCACAUCGGUCCUGCUGUUUCAGUUCUCAACCCACAGCAUGCUCCACGCACCCGGAAGAUGUGUCCCACAGAUCAUUACUUUCCUUAAUAGUAAAAUUCCAGAGGAUCAGCAUACUCUUUUGAUAAAAUACCAAGGUUUGGUUGUAAAGCAUUUAGUUAAUCAAAAUAAGAAGACUGGGCAGGGAGAUGAUCGCCUAAGUGAGGAAUUAGACAAAGAACAAGAAGAUAUCACCAGUGCUACUCGUAAAGAGCUUCAGGAACUUUCUUCAUCCAUUAAAGACCUUGUUCUCAAAUCUAGGAAAUCAUCUGUGACAGAAGAGUAAUGAUCUUAAUUUACUUUUGUCAUCUAGUAAACACUUUUCCCAAAAGUUAAAGGUGAAUGGUUAACAAAAAACCACUCACUGUACAAUCCCUGAUCUCCCCUAAUAACCCUCUUCAACACACAAGUCAGUUAAAAUAGUAAUGUACUCAUGUAAAUAUUAUAAAAACAUGAAUUUUUGUAAAUUAGGUUCACCGUGGAAGAUUCUUUUUCACAUUACAAUUCUAAAAAUUAUACAUUUUAGGUUUAUUUUCUUUCUAAAUCCUGAACAAAGAGUAAGUUUUGUGGUAUCUUUCAUCUCUAGGAAAGGAACCAUUUAUUAUUAGAUUUCUGGUAACAUCAUAAGGCAGAAACUUAAAAUGUCAUGUUUUUUAAAAAAAUAAUAUCCCUUUGGUAAUGAAAAUCAUUUAUUUUAUCUUACAAUUAAUAAGAGAAGACUUCAAACCUAAAGUACAGAGAUUUGCAAAAUAUUUUAUUACUAAGCCCUUGCUCUCAUUUCUGGCAGUUAGGGGGCCUCCCGUCUCCCCCACAGGAAUGGAAACUUUUUGUGGUUCAGGGCUUCAGGGAGGCCUGCACAGGUGCAAAAGAAUGCCAGAGGGGCCCAUGCACUGCUCUUCUAGACCAAGAUGCUAGCAAGAGUGAGAGGACAAAUGAAAUUUACUUCAAAGACAUAUAAGUUGCAUUUGUCAUUAAAAUAAGUAAAAAUUUAAUACAAAUAUUUUUCUUUAACACAGUAUGCAUUUCUAAACUUCACUUUUUAUGUCUAUAGUCACUUUAGCACCUAGUUCUUUGUUGUAAGGGAAUCUAUAAGUGCAUGUAAGUCAUUGAACUGUUUUUUAUUUUUUCAAAAAUAGAAACUCAAAAAAGAAGAUAGAUAUUCUUGUUUUCUAAAGAUGAUUAGUACUUAAAACUAAAAUAGUCCUUGGAGUAGUCAUUUCAACCAGUGGGGUUUAAGCAACAAUUUAUUAUAUAUCAAAAAGUGAUUUAUUUUGAAUAUAAUAGCAAAUUAAAUUUCAGAUAUUAAAAAAAUACUAUUUUAUAUAAUUCCUUAUAUGACAUUUAAAACUCUCUGUUUUCAAAUGUUUGAAUACAAAGAUCAGUCUACCUCUAAUUAUAGACAAGUAUUAAUUCUAGACAAAGUGUUGCUAAUUAAGCAUUAUUAUUAAAGUUGGUAGGAAUAUAACAAAUUAAAAAAUGUAUGUUUUUUCAUUCGUAAUUUUCUAUUAAUUUAUUUACAUAUGAGAAAAAGAAGAAAAAUGACAAAUCUUCUGUGACCACAAAAUCCAGUUAGUUUUAUUUGUUUAUUCAGCUUCCAAAACAUUGAACACCCAAGCUUGUAUUUUUAUUCUGUCUUUGUUUAAGGACCUUAUCAUUUAUGGCUCAGCAGAUACCAAGGUAAUCCACAUUUGUAUAGAACUAGAUUAUAGAUAGUAAAGCAAAUAAAAUCGUUCUUUCUUAAUUUGUGAAAAUAAAAAUAAAAAAGCAACACUAAUAAAAAGAAAGUAUUCUGUCUUAUUUUGUUUGCAUUUAAUUUUUUCAUUGAUCAAAAUGGUUCUUAUUUUUCCACAGUGUCUAAGUCAUAUUGUUUUUGUAAAUAAAAUUAUGGAGUUCAUUUUGUAUGUAAAGAUCUAAUUUCAUUAAUAAAAUAAGAAUUGUUAAAUCUUUACUAUGAUCUUAAUGGGCAGAUUUAAGAAUGUUAUUUAAAAUAAAGUUGCCUAUUAUUUCUAUUUUAUGGUACUUUAGAGCUUCCAUUAUUUUAAUUGCUCCAAGGAUUAAUCUAUGCAUAUAUUAUAUAUAAUGUAUUUAGAUUUCUUAAUUCUUAUUCUGAACAUUUUAAAAGUAUUUUAUUAUAUUUUCUUACACAGAAAUAGUAGCAUAGUCUUAGUGUCUUUCAUUCCUAGGUGGAUUGCCAUUCGUGAUCCAUUUCACCUCAGAAAAUCAUUUUCAGUUAGCUGGUUUCAGCAAAUGUGCAGCUAUUUUCUUAUAUCCACUACUUCUUCCCCCUGCAGGUGACGUAGAGAUAUUAGGGUCACGUCCUCGGCUAUUCGGGUUCAGGUGUCCAUCUCCAUUCCAUGUGGUUUUGAAGAGCAGGGAAAACCCACUGCUGGCUGUCAGGAAGAUUCAGUGAAGAGCACCAUUAUCUUACCAAAGUCACAGUGUAUUUUCAGAAAAUCCCUGAUGCUAAAUUAGAACCAUGUAUGUAGAAGUUGCUUAACCUGGUUGUAGAAACAUCUUGAACUUUCUAGAGAAUGUAUUUUAAUCAUCAAAGCACCAAUGGUGCAAAGUGCAAUAGCGAUCUGAAGUAUAGCGCAGCCCCUGGAUUGAAAAGGAGUAAUUCCGUCCUUCCUUAGAAAUGUUACUCAACCCAGGGCCAGGUGGGAUUGUUUUUCUAUCAAGAAUUAACUUUGGGAGUUGGGGAGGGGAGGAGGAAGUGGAAGGGCUGAAUUGUUUCAUACCAAAGAAGCCUUUUCCCCAGUGUAUUUGGGAGAUGAAAUAAAACGUAUAAACUGCUCUGGGAUGUACAUUUUCCACAGAAAUCUGGGGACACUUAAAGUGGCUAUUCAAAUGGCCUACAGAGUCACACAAGCUGCUCUGCCUUGAGGGCCACACUAAGCAAAUAAAGGAAUAAACGGAUCCCAGGAGAGACUUCUUCCAAACCAUCUAAGAA